GCAACCUCGAAUGGCUUCCUUCAAACAGGAACCAUGACGGAUGAAGGUCCGCAGCGCAGACUCAAGCGGCCGCGGCGUGGCAUUCGUUCGCGAAAGGUGUUUUAGCCAUUCGUUCAGCACCAACCUGGCUUUCUGCGUUCAUGGCAAACGUCAGCAUGCUCAACGGGAGGGUCUUGAUGACGGAAGAAGACUUUGCCCACUGGUGGGAGGAUCAAGGCGAGUUGCGAGAAUCACGCCGCUUCUCCGAUGAGCUGAGGCGGCAUUUGGCAAGGCAACUGAACUUCCCUAGCUUCCGACGUCUCGCUUUGGCCCACGGCCUUGAUUUGCUUUCGCAGGACAGCCCCUGGGACAAGGAAACGCCCUUAGUGGCUUUGGCGAGGCCCUAUGUGGAGCUCAACUCCCACGCGAAGUCCCAAUUUUCGAAGGCAGCCAGUGAGGGCGACCUGCAGCAGGUCUUGAGCCUGUUGGAGGUGCCUCAUGACCCUUUGGACCUCCUGUCCCCGACCUGGGGACGGCAAACACCAUGGCACGAAGCAGCUGCACGCGGACACUUGGAAGUUGUCCAGUGCUUGCUGGAAGCCGGCGCUGAGAAUUUGUCCAACGGGCGUGGCGAGACGCCGCUGCUUCUCGCUGCCAUGCGAGGAUCUCAAGAGGUUGUUCAAUGCCUGCUCGGGGCUUCUGCUGAUGACAUGCAGGCGGACGUUGAAGGACUGGCGGGUGCCGCCGUCGACGCGGCUGAACGACGGCCGUGUGGACUGCGGGGGCCGCUUCGUGGCCGCGGGCUGCGUGGAGAAGGGCGAGGAGCCCAGGGCCCAGGUCUACCGAAUAUCAACUCAGCCGCCUGACGCUAGGAACGGCCACCAAACGCUCGCCCGGCUCUUGCUGCGCGCGGGUGGCGGAAGAGGUCUGCAUGACGCGCCAGUCCAUGAAUGCCUUGACUACAGCUACAAGUCUGCCCAGCCAGAGUGCAGAAUGGACGUGGCAAAAUUGAUGCGCGACAGGUGGCAGCUGCAAUUUUCAGGUUCACCGUGCAUAGACAAGGUCACUGUCGAUGAAGCACGGCACCUAAUCCUGUCC